UAUUGUCAGUGCCGUCAAGUUUCACGGUACCUCGAUUAGUAAAAUAAUAAAAUCUUCGUUAAAUAAAAGAAAGGCUAACUGCAGGUGUUAUCAAGUUGACAUUGGGCGACGUUCCUGCCAUAAUUGACCACAUUCGCGUAGAUCAAUUAAAAUAGUUAAGCCCGUGGCACCUGGAGUAAUUAGGUAAAUUACCUUCUUCAUCGUGAAAAGGAAAAAAGUUGAAUACUGGCCAGUCAAUGAGGAAGAAGAGCUUCGAGGAGGCCACCGCGAUGGUCACUGCUGCGAAUUUCAUCGUGGCGCUACGAAAUCCCGUGCAUUCCACAAACAAAAAGAAAUUUCUAUUCACCUGGAUGUACGACGUCUUAAUUCUAUUCGGUAUUACCAGCAGUAUGCUGUACUUUGAUUUCUGGGUCUUGCAGAAGAUGCCAAAGAAUCUGGAACGCGAAUCGUACAAAUUUAUGAUUUUCAUUUUCGCUGUGGGCCAUGUGUACACGAUAGUAUUGGGGUUGAACUACUCACAGGACAUCCUGGCGCUCAGGGAGAGGAUGGCCAAAAUGGACGAUAGUCUAGGAAAACUUGGAUCGACAGCUAAUUACAACGCUUUGUUUUAUCAUUGUCUAAUCAUUGGGAUCAUGUAUGCUGUUUAUACGUACAUAACCUGCCGAAUAUAUUUGAAGUGGCUGUUGCAGGAGAAGAUGUCAAGAGGACCACUUAUCUUUUUUGCUGGCGUCGACUACGUUAUAACAGAGCAUAUUUCCACAAUACUUAUAUAUGACUUUGUUACAUACGUAUAUUGGCUAGAAAUGAAGUUCAAGCAGACGAACGAUCUUAUGAAAACGUUCUUUGUGGGUGGUUGCCAAAGGAAGACAAAAGGACUCAAUGAAUACACGUUUGAACCUGAAAGAAAUAGCCGACAUCAGAGCUCGAGACGUCUAACUACGUACACGUCAGAGUUUUAUUUCAGAAGAACGCGCAUUUUUCCUAUAAGCGCUGAUUCAAAUACAAACGACAAACAACAGACAGCGAAGAAAUUGCAUUUGUUGCAGAAAAUUAGAUUUUUGCAUCUGCAGCUGUGCAACAUCGCCAAGACGGUGAAUAGAGUAUUCGACAAGCAAUUGAUGAUGCAGACCACCGUUGUCUUAACGAUCAUCACACUGCUUCUAUAUUUCAAUUACAAUCAAUUCAGUGUGUCUGCUGGCUUACUGGCGAAUUUGCAGUUAUUAUUAUUACAGGGAUUAGAAUUCUUGUGUCAUUCAGCGAAAAUUGUUUUCGCGAGCUACAGCUGCGAGCAAGCCGCAAAACAGGUGAGUACUUCUGAUUAUUUCUCUGCACUUUGUAAACAAGCAAUUCUAUACUGGUUUCAGGCAAACAAGAUAAAAGAAAUCAUCCAUGCGUUCUCUGAGCUGGAAUUUGAUCCUGAAAUGAAAGAUGAGAUCCUCCAAUUUUCUUUGCAGACAUCUCUCAGUCAAAUUGGAAAAUCAAAGUCCAGUUUCUUUCGACUGAAUUACGUUUUCUUGCGAACGUGCAUGAGCGUCGUGACGACGUACGUGAUCAUCAUGGUACAACUGGGUCCAGCUUUUGAUUCAGAGGAACCAGACAUCAUUGGAAAUAAAACCUUGCAUCCUCGAUCAUCGCCUUAUCUACAACAAGAAGAAUCACGCCAGCUAACGAUGACAAAGAGCUUCGAGGACGCUACAGCUAUUAUAAACACGUUAAGUAUGUUCCUGGGGAUGAGAUAUUUCGAGGAUCCUGCAAACAAAACGAGAUUCCUAUUCACGUGGAUCUACGACAUCCUAAUUCUAAUCUUCAACGUUAUGUACACGCUACACUUCGCUGCGCGCCACACCGGCAUUCUAUCAAACAGCGAGGCACAAUUAUCGUACAUAAUCGUGGUACUCGUUUCCGUUUGGUGUUACGUGUGUACGUUGAUCUUGGGUUGGCAUCACUCGAAGGUAAAUGCUGAAAUUUUCAUAGGGAUUCCCCCCAGGAAUGGGAAGUUGUUAAGUUUAAUCUUCUCUCGACUACAUCGUCUUCUUUCGUUUUUAUUUCAGAAUGUACUUGCAGUCAGAGAGAAGAUCGCUAAAGUGGACGAAAGUUUGAGGAACCUGGGAUCGACGACUGAUUAUCGUCAUUUAUUUCAAUGUGUGAUUACGGCUCUGUCGUUUGCUUUGUUGUGCGCUAGCCUAUACCUUGUAUUACUUUUCAAGUGGUUGUUGCUACAGAAGAUAGAACUUUUUAAUUAUUUCAUCUCCGUUUGUAUCGUUUACCAAGUGAACGUCAGUGCCAUCAUCAUUUAUGACUUCGUAACGUAUGUCUAUUGGCUGGAGAUGAAGUACAAACAGACGAAUGAACUCGUGAAAGCAUUCUUCGUGGAUGGUCAUGAAAUUAAGACGGACGUACUGAAGGAGUACGCGAUUAAACCAACGAGAAACCAUCGUCGGCAGGCUCUUAACAACGUCAAGGUGUACAUGUCUGAAUAUUGUUUUCGGCGCACGCGAGUGUUCCCGCUAAUUGAGGAUCCUAGUUUGGAGCACGAAUCGCAGACUGCGAGAAAAGUGCGUAUGCUGGGAACUAUUAGAUGCCUGCAUAGGGAGCUGAGUCUAAUCGUGAAAAUGGUGAACAAAAUAUUCAACACACAAUUGGCGUUACAGACCACCAUGACUAUGGUGUUCUACACCAUAACAUUGUACAAUAUUUACAUUAGUAUCAUUUCCUCGCCUACGGAUGUGCCGAAAACUGCAGUAAAAGCCGUUGUGAAUUUUAUAGAGUUUUUUAAUAAGUCUGGAAUCAUCGCUUUAGCGUGCUACAGUUGCGAAUAUACCAUGAAAGAGGCGAACAAAAUGAGAGAUAUCAUCUACGCGUUGUCUGUGGAGGGGUCAGACACCGAAUUGAAAGACGAGAUCCUCCAGUUUUCCUUACAAUUAUCGCUCACCCAUUUCGGAAGGUCGAACUUUUUUCAACUAAAUUACACCGCCCUACGAACGUCGGGAAGUUUCGUGAUAACCUACCUGUUUAUUUUGAUGCAAUACAGACCAGUCUUCGAAUUGAGCGAAUCAGCCCUGGCACAGAACGAGACGAAUCCAGACUUCACGGUCAGUUUCAAUGUUACUUACCUUGUCGUGGUGCUAUCGAGCUGGUACCACUCGAAGGAGAUAUUAGUAGUAAUGGAGAGGAUCGCCACCGUAGACAAGAAUUUGAAGAAACUAGGAUCGUCCCUUCAUUAUAACGACUUAUUUUACCGUGUCCUAAUCGUUUGGACUAUUUCUUUCUUUCAAUCAACUGUACUUUGCAUAUUAUACUGGAAGUGGACGAUGAGUAAUAAUGUGGUACCCACGGGUGUUUUUUCCAUACUUACCUAUGCGUACAGUGGAUGUUGGCUGGAGUUAAGGUUCAAAAAUACAAACGCUCUCCUGAAGUCUCUCCUCGUGGAUGGAAAUAACAUUAACACGGGAAGAUUGAAGAAGAUCGCGAUUAAGCCUCCGUCAAACCGCCAUCGUCGAUUUCCUAGCAAUUUCGAUAUAUACAUGGCUGAGUUUUGUUACAGACGAACGCAAGCUUUCCCUCCAGUUAGGGUUCCGAAUUUGGAGCAUGUGUCGCAGGCGAGUAGAGUGGAUUUCUUUCGACAAAUUAGGCUUGUGCACCUGCAACUGUGCAGCAUCGCGAAAAUGGUGAACAAACUGUUCGACAUGCAAUUAAUGAUGAUUUUCACUGUUAUUCUGAUAUACUUGACCAUGGUUCUGUACUUCGCAUACAAUGAAAUCGAUAUGCGGUCGUUUAACUUCGCGAAAACCUUCAAGAGGGUAUUUGUACAUUUUGUGGAGGUAGUGGGUAAUAUAUGGAAAAUAUCUUUGACGUGUUACAGGUGCGAAUGUACUGGGAGUGAAGCAAACAAGAUAAAAGAAAUCAUACACAUGUUCUCGAUGCAAGAAUUCGACGAGGAAAUGAAGGACGAGAUCCUCCAGUUUUCCAUGCAAGUGUCCCUCAGUCAGAUCGGGAAAUCGAAGUCCACUUUCUUCCGUUUGAACAACGUCUUCCUUCGAAGUUGCGUAAGCUUCGUGGUUACGUACACCAUCAUCAUAAUGCAAAUGAGUCCAUCGUUUAACUCGAGAGACUCGAUAUUGUUCGGGAACGAGACUGACUAUGAUCCUGACUCAACCUUUCUGUGA